AAGCAAUGAAUUACAGUUCUCUAAUAUGGUAUCAGAGGAGAACCAGGUUCCGCCAUCGGGCGUAGGAAGGCGACUCCGGCUCGAGGACAACCGGGACCAGGAGCCGGAUGUUCUGGACCUCUCCAGCCUGGUAGUGAAGCUGGGUCACGAGCGGGUCGGCCGGGUCGUGCUAGAUGACCGCGGUGUGAGACCCGCGGGACCGGCCGAUCCCGAGGACGUGGCCCCAACAUCGGGGCCGUGGCGGCCGCCGUCGCCGUGGUGGGGGACGUGGAGCAGGUCGUGGGGGCAACACGACGCAGCCACCUACACGGGGUGCACCCUGGCCAUCCUUCCACAACCCAUGGUCAGGGCGCAUCUCCAUGUGGCCGUUCCAGGCUUCCGGUGGCGACCCUCGCCCGCCGGCGGCCAUGCUUGCCGGUGCCCCCCCGGGAUUCCCCUCAGUGACCCCGUGGGCGGCCCCGUUCCCUGCGUCCUCGUGGCCUACUCCUCCUCCGACCUUGCCCGGGUCUGCCGGCUGGGACCAGGCGGCCUUGGCGCACUCCUUCAGCACCAUGGCCCUGACUCCUCCAGUUGGGUCGGAGUGGGUCGCCGACUCUGGGGCUACUUACCACACCACUCCUAACCCUGGAUUUGGCUUCCCGGCGUCCUCUGCUCCGAUGUGACAGCACGGGGCCCCUUUACACUCUUCGCUUUUCGGCAUCUGCCUCGCCUCCUUCGCCAGUUUUGUCAGCUGCCUUCGCCACCACUACCUCCACUACUUGGCACCGGCGUCUCGCCCACCCUGGACGUGAUGCUUUGAUGCAGCUUAGUCGUAGUUCCGAUAUUCGAUGUACUCGGGCUCACGAUGAGCAUUUGUGUCAUGCGUGCCAACUGGGCCGUCAUGUUCGUCUUUCUUUUUCUAGUUCUUCUUCUCAUGCGGCCCGCAUUUUUGACCUUGUACAUUGUGACUUAUGGACCUCUCCUGUCAUCAGUAUUUCUGGAUACAAGUACUAUCUUGUGGUGGUGGAUGAUUAUUCUCAUUA